CCCUGGCCAGAGUGAAUGGACAGCCUCAUCCACUGAAGGACUCUCCGAAGUCGUCACUUCCGUGACUGAAUUGAAAUCGGACAUGGAUGAGGAAAUCACCAGUAAAUUCCCUGGCCAGAGUGAAUGGACAGCCCCAUCCACUGAAGGACUCUCCGAAGUCUACUACAAUGAGUGAAUUUACAACGGGAACUUCUGAUGGAAUCACCGAGGAAAUUAUAAUGGAACGACUCUCCAGGUUCCAUGAUAAAGAUACUGAAGACAGUGUCUUUCUCAAUUCAUAUGACAGCAUGAUUAGUAGAAUUUUGUACUCACUUGCAUCAUCACUAACGUUCAGAAUAUUUGGAAUUUUGCUGGUCUUUGUGGAUCUGUCUCUCAUCGUUACAGACCUGAUCAUCACUAAUAGCACAACAUAUAUUCCUUUGGAAUAUCGUUCAAUUUCUUUAGCUAUUGCUUUAUUUUUUUUGAUGGAUGUUCUUCUUCAAGCAUAUGUAAAAGGGAUAAGAUACUAUUUUUCUGAUGCACUUAACUUCUUGGAUGCUGUCAUUAUUGUAAUGACUCUACUGAUUAAUAUUAUUUAUAUGUUUUGUGACUUUAAGUCUCUUCAAACUAUCCCCAGAUUGACAAUUUUCUUUCGACUUCUACGACUUGUCAUUCUUGUAAGAGUUUUUCAUCUGGUUCAUCAAAAGAGACAUCUUGAACAGCUGGCCAGAAGGAUGGUUUCAGGAAACAAACGGCGGUACAAGAAGGAUGGAUUUGACUUAGACCUCACUUAUGUUACCGAGCGUAUCAUUGCCAUGUCAUUCCCAUCUUCAGGAAAGGAGUCUUUCUAUAGGAAUCCCAUUAAGGAAGUUGUGCGGUUCUUAGAUACCAAACAUCAAGAACACUAUCAAGUCUACAAUCUAUGCAGUGAAAGAGCUUAUAAUCCCAAGUACUUCCAUGACAGGGUCCAGCGAAUCAAGAUUGAUGAUCACAAUGUCCCCAGUCUAAGUGAGAUGGUGGCAUUCGCCAAGGAAGUGGAUGAGUGGAUGUCUCAAGAUGACAAAAACAUCGUAGUGAUUCACUGUAAGGGAGGCAAAGGAAGAACUGGAACGAUGAUUUGUGCCUACCUUAUUGCCAGUGGAAUAUUUACAACUGCAGAGGAGAGCCUUUAUUAUUUUGGAGAACGGCGAACAGAUAAAAGCACCAGUACUAAAUUUCAGGGAGUUGAAACCCCUUCUCAGAAUAGAUACGUUGGAUAUUUUGCAGAUGUGAAAAAUAUCUACAACAUGACUCUCCCUCCAAGAAAAACACUCAAGAUUAAAAAAAUCAUUAUUCAUUCAAUUCAUGGUGUUGGAAAAGGCAAUGGGAGUGAUCUAGAAAUACAAAUAACUAUGCAGAGCCAGAUCAUCUUUUCCUGUUCUGCUUCCAAAAACUGUCGGAUCCUCCAUGAUGCUGAAACAGACAGCGUGGCAAUCCAUCUGUCCAACUGCCCACCUCUGUAUGACGACGUGAAAGUGCAGUUUUUCUCUUCUUCCGAUCUUCCCAAAUAUUACGACAACUGCCCAUUUUUCUUUUGGUUCAAUACAUCUUUUUUACAAAAUAACAGGCUUUUCCUUCCACGAGAUCAACUGGAUAAUCCCCAUAAAAAGAAAACAUGGAAAAUUUACCGUCAGGAGUUUGCAGUCGAGCUAUAUUUUGAUGAAGUCUGAUACCGAUCUAGUAUAGUCCCCACAAUAGAUAGAAUAGAAUCAUGUUCUCCACAAUCCCUGCCACACAUUUAGGUCUCCUAACCCUCCUUCCUUGCAGGUAUACAUAUAUUUACAUUUAUAUACGUAUAUUUUUGACAAACCUUAAGUAUAUACAAAGUAAAAGGUUAGUGGUGCUUUUUCUUUCCUGAAGGAGGUAUGCCAGGGUUGAGAGAACUACUGUUUCUGGGGACUGUGUGCCAAACUUAAGAGUUUGAAAAGAACUUUCAUAUCAAAAUAACAUUUAAAAUGAUUCCUCACAAUACUGCGUGAGGUUCAUUAUGUAUUUUUGGGCAAGUAGUCCCUGCUUUCACAUUUGUAAUGUCAGAUUAAAAAGGUCAUUUCUAAGCUAUUUAACAAACCUCCGAUUGGCACCAGAACAAGGUUUGAGCCCAUAGGACUGUUCCUAUAAGCAGUCCGCGCAGAGCUUGGGAUACAAGCUUCGAUCACACAUGCAGUCCUUGGAGGACAAGAGAAUCCGGGUAAGCACAAGCAGACGUUACAGUAGAUUCUCUUUGUCACAUCGCCGUGAAGUCAAAGGAAAUGUCUGCCUAGAGAAAUCUAGAUUAUUUUAAAAUACACCCCCUGACACAGACUCUGCUCCCAGCCAACUUCAUUUAAAUUUAGGGAACUCUGUGAAGAUCAUCUUUUCACUAUAAACACUGGUUAAUCCAGUGUCCACAGGGAAUCCUAUUCUCUUCGUUGCUGGAUGCUGUUUUAUUCUAAGUCUCAUUAUUUAUAUGUUUUAUUUAUAUGUCAUUAUUUAUAUGUUUAUAUAUUUAUAUAUUAUAUAAAUGAAAUGUCCUUAUUUAUGAACAUGCCUGGAUGCAGAUGCUCUUUUUCCCUCCAAAUAGCCCUCAAAGGGUCUCAGCUACCAGUGCAAUAGCCCAUCUAAAGUCUUUUUAGGAAAAGCUCUGACUACAUUACUUGCUAUAAUUCGUGCUACAGAGACACAUGUUGCCGCUAAACAGUUUGUACUGUUCCCUUCAACAUGCAUGCAGCCGUAAGCCAGAGGGGCAGACCCGGUGGCAGGCUUAGGUAAAUGGACAGGGGGCGGGGGGGGGGGGGGGCGCGUAGAUACCUAGCUGGCACUAAGGAAGAAAACCCCAAUUUUCAAGACUUGCUUUUUGAAAGAAGAUUAUAGUUAGGGUUUCUCUUCCCUAACCCUCCAAGAUGCAUCCAAAUUCCUGGCCCCUGAGUUGCUACACUCUUGUGCUUUUGCUCACAUAAAGAGAAUUUAUGGGCUUGCCUCCUUACAACCUGACAUAAAUACUUCCUUGAACAACUCGAGAAUCUUACAUCAUGGUACCUCAGAAUGAUACUGUUUUGUUCACAUAGAUCUCACUACCCUAGAAUAGAAUUAUCCAAAACAUAAUAGGAAAUUUAGCUAUU